AUGCGUGAACGGCGCGCGAAAAUAUACAAGAAGAUCAUGAACAUGUACCGCCAGUACUUUGGCUUCCGUGAUCCGUAUCAAGUUCUGACUGAUUCCACAUUCUGCAUUCACGGUUAUCACACGCAGUACAACUUGCAAAAGUGUGUUGAAACCGUACUUCGAGGGGACGCACGGCUAAUGAUAACUAGAUGCAGCAUGGCUCGACUUUAUCGGUUGGGAGAUAAGGGACAGGGACAACCCAUCAUACGCACUGCAAAGGGAUUCGAACUAUGGAGAUGCGAUCACCAGACGGCAAUCAAUGAAGAUGAAUGUAUUAAGAGUAUCAUUGGCACAUCGAAUGAACGGCACUGCUGUGUUGCAACCGUAAACAAAGAAUUGUUCGUGGCUCUCAGGCGUAUUGCAGGGGUCCCAGUGAUCCACUUUAAUAAACAUGCAAUGGUGUUGGGACGCCCAAGCAAUGCCACGCUCUCUCUCGCAGUUUAUGAUGAAAGUGGUCUGAGGGCGAGUGAAGCAGAGCUCGCGAUGAUCUCUAGGAGCAACAAGCCCCAAGAACUUGAAGAAGAACGACGCAAAGUAGCGACUCCCAAAAAAGCGAGCAACAACAACAAAAAAACGCGAAAGCCAAAACUCAGACCAGCACCACGUCCAUCAGUGAAAACCGAGAAAGACGGUACAUUUAACAACAACAACACCAAUGGUCUUAACCCAUCCGACGCGAAGCACGAAACAGUUCGUCUUAGCCAAAAGCGCCCAUUGUCACCAGACACCGAUGAGGAUGAAGGCACAGGCAAGGAUGCAGGCGAGGGUGGAACGAAAGAGGAGGAGGGCGAGGUAGCGGGCAGCGGCACUAGGGCUCGUAGAGGUCAUCGAAAAAAGCAUCGACGUAAAGGAAAAGGGCCUCGAGACGCUACAACGCCCAAUGUUGACGAAAAGGCAUCCGGGGCAAGUUGAGUGAGUGGAAGGCCUUCAACAACUGGCUUUCUCGUGUUUUCAUACUGGACAGUAGCAUAAUAUGCAGACAUUCACCCCCCGCCCCCGCCCCCCAACACACACACACCAUCAACGGG